UUCCCUCUAGACUCCCGACGUUUAGGAGAGAAGCGAGCUGGAAGUAGUAAUACAAGGCACCUUUGGGAGACAAGGAGGAGGAUUGUCUUUUUCAGAACCAGCUGUCCGAGUAAGUUAUUUGCCGAUACGAUUUUUUUUUGCCGGGGUUAGAAAAAAAUACCUUGUCUUCUAAGGUUUUGAAAGACACACGAAGAGGGAAAGCCUCGAAGUUUGCGAGCUUCGCCCACAUCACCUUUAUGGAAACGUAGACUUAACCCACACAAGGAUGGUUUGGGGGUAGUUAUAUGGAGUCUGAGUUGGAACUGGGAGCCGUUUUCGAAAGGAUAGAGCCGGGAGACACAGUCGAAAAACUUUCCGAGGGGGUGGCUGCGUUGGAUUGUUGCAAAGUAAUUUUUACGCACGGUCGGCGCACACUUAUUUGUGCUAUCCAAUAUGCGCCUGUUGAGCACGACGUGUGGACGUGACCGCGGAGAAAUCCAGGGAAGCAAACACAUGUCCGUGAUGAUGCAUUUUCUCUUCCUCCUCGCAGCGGUGCUGUCCUGUCACGGCUGUCCUGACAAAUGCUUGUGCUUCUCCCAAACUGUGAAGUGCCAAAACCAGGACUUGGACGCGAUUCCGCAUUCUUUACCGACCAACACCAAAUUCCUGUUCGUCACAGGAAACAACAUUUCCCAUAUCGGUGUGGACUCUUUCCCAACGAGCCUCGAAAUGUUAACAGAUCUCUAUCUCAGUGGGAAUCAGAUGGAGACUGUGGAUGCUAUGGUAUUUGACAACUUGCCCAACCUUGUGCGGUUGGACCUGAGCAACAACGAUAUCCAGACUUUCAGUGGAAGAGCUUUCCUUCUUGAAAAUAAAGUGCAGCUCUUGAACCUCAGUAGGUCUUUCCACAACCACUCCUCCAUGGAUGUGCUGCAAAGUGUCCUACAGAGUGGAAACCUCGUCCAGCUGACGGCGUUGGACCUGUCUAACAACGACCUCGUGAUUCUUCCCGAUGAUAUCUUCACCAGCCUCUCCAGCCUGGUGACCCUCAGCCUGCAGAACAGCUCCAUCAUCUCCAUUCAGAACGGGACGCUGAGGGCGCCCCCGCUUCUUGAACUUGACCUGAGGGACAACAGCCUGAGGGAUCUUCCCACCACCUCCAUGGAGGAGUUCGACCUCAAGCCCGCUCUCCUCAUCCGUCUGUCGGGGAACCCGUGGCGAUGUGACUGCUUCAUCGACGACAUGCUGCUGUGGCUGAAGAACUCCACUCAGGUCGUUGACGUGCACAACCUGACCUGUUCCGACCCUGAGGCCCUGAGGCGCCAGCCGCUCCUGCAGCUUGAUCCGGCCCAGCUGAAGUGUUUGGGCGACAUGGAGGGCGUGCUGGAGACUUCUUAUGUCUUCCUGGGGCUGGUGCUGGCCCUGAUUGGUGUCAUAUUCCUGCUGGUGCUGUACCUGAACAGAAAAGGCAUCAAGCGUUGGAUGUACAACAUCCGGGACGCUUGUAGGGACCACAUGGAGGGGUACCAUUACAGGUAUGAGAUAAACUCUGACCCUCGGUUGGCCAACCUGAGCAUCAACUCGGAUGUGUGAGCGAGGACGGGACACUGUCUGGGAGCCCGCAGUGAGAUAUUGAAUGAAUUUGCAUGAAAGUCUUCCCCCCCCCUUCCCCCCUUUCCCCCCAUGAUGCUAUUCAGAUUUGACAUCUGUGAUAAUUAACCCCAAUCUCAACCUGCAUUCUACCACUGCCGCAUGUCCAAAACAAGUAGCUGGCAGCUGUGAUGUCUACUCUUGUGUAUACAUUGCAUGGACAAUGAAUUCUGGCGAAAACAUUUUUUUCAGAGUUGUUCUAUUUUUACUUUUUCCUAAAGGAGAAACAUAUCCAGUACUUUUUUUAAGUGGAAGAAAACGCAUAUUGCAUCCCUUUCUCAUUAUGCCUCUCUCGCUGCAGAGAAAUGCUCUACUGCUUGUUUAUGAGUUUGUUCUUUUUAACAUGUGACUUUGUGAUAUACAGUAUGCCUACUUUUUGAAUGAUUAUAGUGCACAUUGCAUAGUUUUUGGAUUUAGUAGGUAGAUGUAAUUGCUCUUUUUUUCUGUGAAGAUAUUCGGAUAAAUAAAAUGCCUCUGGAUUGCUGGCAUCUG